AUGCUGAGUUCUGCGCCAAGAACCCCCCCCCCCCCCCCCCCCCCCAUGUACAUCACCCUCUACUACAUAGUCACCCGGCUCCCUGACUCCCUUCGCUCGGUAAGGGACCACUUCCUCUCUGUUUGCCCCACCACACUCACCGUUGACCUCCUCGAGGAGCGCCUCCUGGCAGCUGAGAAGAGUAUAGUCGCUGUAGGAGCCUCUCGUGGUGACCCUCGUGCCCCCUUCUUUGAGGGGUGCUACCCCUCCCUCCUUUUGCCCUCUGUUGCCUCUACUGCUGCCAUCGACUUCGUUGGCACCGAUUCGGUCGGCGCUGCGUCUGCCCCUAGCGGGAGACGCUGCAUCGGCAAGGGAAAGGGGGGCAAGGGCGCUGGAGGAGCUGGCAGGGGCAGUGGAGGCGGCGGAAGGGGUGGGGGUGGCGGUGGGAGUGGUGGCGGGGGUGGGGGCUUCGGUGGCGGCGAUGGAGGCGGAGGAGGCGGCGGUGGUGGCGGUGGGAGCGGAGGAGGAGGCGGUGGCGGCGGUGGCGGAGGUGGCGGUGGCGGAGGUGGAGCUAGUCGGGGUGGCUCUGCGCAGCGGAGCGGCUUUGGUGGUGGUCAGCGCCUGCAGCAGCAGCGCACUCCUGAGACCCUGCUCCCCCAGCAGCUUGGUGACUGGUACGCUGCGCGUCAGCGAGGUGGGGGUGCUGGUCCUUGUGCCUACGUCCUGCGUCCCGUCGACCGCACAGGUGAGCAGUGCGGUGGCCCGUUGGGGGUUGCUAUCUUUGAUCACGAUUAUGAUCCCAUUCUUUCUGCCAUGUAUGUUGUGUCUACUAGUGAUGAGGGUGACUGUUAUCUGUGUGUCCCGCCUGACCCCGGCAUUGACGCAACUACUCUAGGUGCUGGUGAGGUUGCUGCUCUAGGUGCUAGUGCGUCCGCUGCCCCAGACACUGGUGAGUCUGCUCUCUUAGGUACCACGUUGGCUAAGGCCUUACACACCUUCACCCUUCACUCGGGUGCUUCCCGCUCCUUUCGAGACCGCACCAUGCUUACGCCGCUUAGUCGGCCAGUUGCAGUCUCCCUGGCGGACCCCUCUGGGGGUCCUGUCCUUGCCCGCUUCUCCACUCUCUUACCGUGUCCGGCGGCCCCCUCUGGCACCCUGUCCGGUCUCUACCUCCCCUCGUUCUCUACGAACUUGGUGAGUGGUGCUGAUCUCCAGGAUGGGGGGGUUGACCAGCUCACUCCUGCGAGUCAGCGAGUGACCAACUGCACGUGUGCUCGGACGGGCCGACACUUGGCCACGUUUACCCAUCAGCCGGGGUCGAGCCUGCACCACCGCUUGGGUCACCCCUCGCUGCCUCGUCUUCGAGGCAUGGCCUCCCGUUACCUUGUCUGUGGUCUCCCCCGGUCCCUCCCUCCCCUUCCUCCGGGGCCUACCCCUACCUGUAUUCCCUGUGUCGAGGGGCGGCAGCGCGCCGCCCUUCACUCUUCCAAGUUUCCUUCGACAGAGGCUCCGCUGCAGACUCUUCACAUGGACGUGUGGGGCCCCGCGCGCGUUCGUGGCCAGGGUCACGAGCGUUACUUCGUGGUUGUGGUUGACGACUACUCGCGUUACACCACGGUGUUCCCCUUGCGCAGCAAGGGUGACGUCACUGAGGUGUUGAUCGACUGGAUCCGCGCGGCUCAUCUCCAGCUCAGAGAGAGCUUCGGCUCGGACUAUCCUAUUAUGCGUCUGCACUCUGACAGAGGCGGGGAGUUUUCCUCUGCCCUUCUGGGAGCCUUCUGUCGUCCACAGGGCAUCCGUCAGACGUUCACGCUUCGAGCCUCUCCACAGCAAAAUGGGAUUGCUGAGCGCCGCAUUGGCAUGGUCAUGGACGUCGCUCGUACGUCCAUGAUCCAUGCGGCUGCUCCCCAUUUUCUAUGGCCGUUUGCAGUUCAGUACGCAGCGCAUCAGAUCAACCUUCAGCCCCAGGUCUCCUUGCCGGAGACCUCCCCUACCUUGCGGUGGACGGGGAAGGUUGGCGAUGCGUCUGCGUUUCGUGUUUGGGGAUCUCUGGCGUUUCUCCGCGACUUGUCCGCGGACAAGAUGUCCCCCCGUGCUGUUCCCUCAUCUUCCUUGGCUUCCCCCCUGAUGCGCCUGGUAGACGCAGACGAGCCUAUAGAGGUAGCUAUUGAAUCUGGUGCUGCUAGGGGUGCUGAGCCUUGGGGUGCUGAGGCUGGGGUGCUAAGCUUGGGGGUGCUGAGCCUAGGGGUGCUUAGCCUAGGGCCUAAGGGUACUGUGUCUGCUCCUGUGGCCUCUCGCGGUGCUGGGUCAAGGGGUCCUUCGGGUGCUUCGUCUCAGCGGGAGCUACCCUCUCCACUGGAGCUACGCGAGUGGUUUGCCCUGUGCAGGAGCCGUGCUGCUCGAGCUGGAGGUGCUACUGUUGCUGCUGACCCUAGGGUCGCCGCUGGAGGUACUGGAGACCCUGGUCCUGGAGGUGCUCGUACUGACGGUACUGGAGCUGCUAGGACUGGGGGUGCUGCUGGGGCUACUGGAGUUGGUCCUGCUGGAGGUGCUGUGGGUGGUGCUGGAGGUACUGGAGCUGCUGGGGGUUUUGGCGCUGGAGGUGCUUCUGGCGCUGGUACUUCUGAGGGUGUAAGAGUUGGCGCUGCUGGAGCUAGAGGUGCUGCUCGCGCUGGUGCAGCUGCUGCGGGUACUGAUGCUGUCCCUGCUGUUUCAAGAGGAGCUGAGCGGCCGCGGCCGUACUUCGUUCCGCUCCUUGAGCAGUCUGACUCUCUUCGUGCUGCAAAUCCUUCUGUCAUGCGUCUCCUUGCUAUUGUUGUCACUGACCCUUCCUUUGAAUCCACUGCUGCGUCUGCCUUGGUUGCUGAGCUUGUCGACUUUGCUGCUCGCUGUCGUCUAGACUACGCCGCUAGUCUUGUUGCUGAGUCUGAGUCUUCUCCUCGAUCGUACGCUGAGGCGAUCGAGGGUCCCUACUCCUCACAGUGGCAGUCAGCCAUGGACGCAAAGAUGGCUUCCUGGAAGUCCACAGGCACCUACGUCAACGAGGUUCCCCCACCUGGGGCGAACAUCGUAAUUGGCAUGUGGAUUUUAAGGGUGAAGCGGCCGUCGGGUUCUCCGCCUGUCUUCAAGGCGCGUUACAUGGCUCGAGGCUUCAGUCAGCAGCAGGGAGUUGACUACUUUCAGACCUUCUCUCCCACCCCAAAGAUGACCACUCUUCGCGUGCUGGUGCACAUAGCCGCUCAGCGCGACUACGAGCUUCACUCUCUUGACUUCAGCACAGCUUUCCUGCAGGGCAGCAUGCACGAGGAGAUGUGA